AUGGCCUACACCUUCUUGAAGCAAUGCUUUGGAAUGCAGAUUGGUAACAGCCUCUUUGACAAGAAGGGUGCCGACAUUGUCCAGGGUAUGCUAGACAAGGCCAAGGAAAAGGGCUGUGAGGUGACUCUGCCCAUUGACUGGUUGUGCGGCAAAGAGUUCAAGAAUGAUCAGGAGACAAAGCUUGUCACGCAGGAAGAGGGCAUUCCUGAUGGUUGGGAAGGUAUGGAUUGCGGACCAAAGAGCAUGGAGCUUUUUGCCAGCAAAGUGAAGGCAGCCAAGACGGUCGUUUGGAACGGACCUGCUGGCGUCUUCGAAUUUGACAACUUCUCCAAGGGAACAAAGGCAUUGCUGGAAGCAGUGGCAGACCUUCAUGCUUCAGGUGGUGUGGGCAUCAUUGGUGGUGGUGACUCUGCAACUGCAGCGGCCAAGUGGGGCAUGGAGGACAAGGUCUCUUUUGUCUCAACUGGUGGUGGUGCUUCCCUCGAGCUGCUUGAGGGCAAGGUCUUGCCCGGCAUUGAUGCACUUGCGAAUGCACCUGCCAAAUGGGAGGGCACGGUGACGGGAAAAUACCAGUGGGAUGACAAGAAGAAGUCGAAUACUGAUGCAGACAAGGACAUGAGCAGUGCUGGCGAUGCGAUCACCAAGUAUAGCUGGGGGGAUGGAAAGAAGCAGGUCAGCAUUUACAUUGAGUUGGAUGGCCUCGACGAUUGCACUGAUGAUAUGUUUCAGGCUACAUCUGGGGAGACCGAUGUUUCCCUCACCAUCACCAAGGUGGCUGGCAGAAAGCGGACGUUCACUUUGAAAAAUUUGGCCCAUGAGAUUGAUGGGGCCAAGGUCAACCACAAGAAGGGCAAAGGAAUGGUGGUGCUCAAGUUGAUCAAGAAGGAAGAACAACCUUGGUUCAAGUUGCAAGAGUCCUCCGGCGGCGGAGGUGAUGAUGAGGAAGAAGGUGGCAUGGGACCUGUCCUCGAUGAUGGGUGGCAUGGGUGGCAUGGGUGGCAUGGGCGGCAUGGGCGGCAUGGGUGGCAUGGGCGGCAUGGACCUCGGUGGCAUGGGGAUGGACGACAUGGACCUUGGUGGUGAGGAGGAAGGCAAAGAAGAGCGGGCCCUCUGCUUCUUUAGGCCAACCUCCUUCCCUGUGGAGGUUCUUUCUCUUGACUGCUUUGCACGCAGUGGUGGUGUGAACCAGAGCUGCUACUGUAGUCUGCCUCAAGGAAGGGAAAGCCAAGUAGGCAAGAUGGCAGCUCAAGAGGUGAUUGAGCGGG